GUCAACUGUUGCCUGCCUCUCGUUCUCGUUAGUUCCCCGUUGCCUUGAGUUUAGAGUGUAGCGAGCUCAACCAUUUGUCCGUAAACAUGUGCCUUAUAAUAUUACUCUUAACUUAAUCGUUUCUUGUUAAGAAGCGUUAUUCUAAUCGAUGUUGCAACGAUGAUCUUUUAAUUAAAGACAAUAUUUGUUCUGUUAUAAAACGACAACCCUACAAUCUUCUUAUUACAAUACAAACAACUGACAUCCGCAAGUAAUUUUUGAAUAAUAUGACUAUGUGAUGUGCCUUUGCGAAAUUUGAGUGCUUCAAGUGAUGAUGGAAACAUGAAUUUAUAAACAUUCGAAUUAUUACAAUAAGAACUCAAAAAAACAAGUACCACUGGACAACUUUCUUUCCGUGGUAGUUUUGUAAAAUGAAAAUUUUGAAUGCGGAAGUUGUUUGAAUAAUGUACAAUAAAGCGUGAGCGUGAUAUUUUCGAAUCCGAUCGACGGAUGUAUGUUGUAGAAGCGCGCGUGCUCGAAUUGCGGAAGUCCUCAUCUUCUCGGUCAUUAUUGUCUAGAAUUAAUAGAUAAUGCUCGACAGUCCGGAUGUUAUGUGACAAGUGCUAUGCCCGAGAAAGAGGCGGAUUUUCAAGCAGCCAUGUCUGCGGGUCUGCCGCUACAAUUUCCGUCGGCUUUUGCCGCUUUUCACGCACCUCUGCCCGUGGACCAAAGGACACACGAAGGAAGGUAUAUCUGGGAUCCGAGGAUGCAACCACCGGCCGCUGCGUUUCACCAUCCCUCUUCGUCAGGUGUAAGCGGUAACCCUGGCGGAGGCCUCCAGCUCCACGGUCGGGAGCUGCAUCCUGCUUACCGCCUGCCACCCCACAUGGAGUACCUGUACUCUCUACAACAUUCAGCAGCCGCAUCUCUUCACGGCAUUGGACUGCCACCAGAUUACAUAGGCGCAAGAGGUUUAACCGAACUACACCCUAAUUCAACUUUAACAAGUAGCGAAUUUCCGUAUAGCAUAGAAGGAUCACGUCUAAAUAGUCCACGACCAGGCAGUUUACGUCAAUCUCGUAAACGAGCAUUAUCAUCGUCGCCCUAUUCUGACUCUUUCGAUAUAAAUUCGAUGAUUCGUUUUUCUCCAAAUUCUUUGGCAUCAAUCGUAAAUGGAUCGAGAUCGUCAAGCGCGAGUGGUUCUUACGGUCAUUUAUCGGCCGGAGCCAUCAGUCCAGCCCUUAGUAGCAUGCAUCCCGGAAUGCACCUUCAACAACUCCAGGCACACCUCAUUCGCAGUGCUGGAUCAUUACUACCACUACCACCCGCACCAACUUCUCACCAUCCCAUGUAUUCCUUACCCCAUCAUCCACUUCACAGCAGCAGCAGCCUCGGACAGAAUAUUCCCAAGCCGGACGCGAUUCAUGACGGGCGAAAAAAAUCCGACACGAAUAACAUUCCUCAUUUGGAAACGGACAAAAAAACGAAAAUAAAAAAAGAACCCAUCGCAAAUGGAUUAACGGGGCAGUGCAUGCAAGGAUCAGAAGCUGGAGGUGAUCAAGCUGAUCUGCGAGAUGAACCGGGAGAUUUUAUUGAAACGAAUUGUCAUUGGAAAGACUGCGGUACGGAAUUUCCUACGCAAGAUGAUUUAGUAAAGCACAUCAAUAACGACCAUAUACACGCUAAUAAAAAGUCAUUUGUAUGUCGAUGGGAUGGGUGUUCCAGGGCUGAAAAACCGUUCAAAGCCCAGUACAUGUUGGUAGUUCAUAUGCGUAGACAUACGGGGGAAAAACCGCACAAGUGUACCUUCGAAGGUUGCUACAAGGCGUAUUCGAGAUUAGAAAACUUAAAAACCCACCUUAGGUCGCACACAGGUGAAAAACCGUACACUUGUGAAUAUCCCGGGUGUUCAAAGGCGUUUAGCAACGCUUCCGACCGAGCCAAACAUCAGAAUAGAACUCAUAGCAAUGAGAAACCGUAUGUCUGUAAGGCACCGGGUUGUACGAAAAGGUACACAGAUCCAAGUUCCCUGAGAAAACACGUUAAAACCGUACACGGAGCAGAAUUCUAUGCAAACAAGAAGCACAAAGGUAUUGACGGGCCUAACGACGAUGGUUCAGCAGGUUUGGAUUCGAGUCCGCGAAGCGAAGACAUGCAAAGCCAUAAGACAGCGAGUCUGAGCAGCCCAAGUAUCAAGUCGGAGUCUGACAUAAACUCACCAAGUCAGCAACAAGGCAGUCCCCUCGGUGUGAAUCAGGGAACAGGUGGAUGUCAAGAUGAAGGAAACGGUGAUGGAAUAUCGACCAUUCAAAGAACAGUUCCUAUCGAUGACCCAUCUUGGCCGUACGAUGCCGAAGAUCUCGAAAUUGAAGAUCUACCUGAAGUUCUACGAGCAAUGGUAGGCAUUGGAACCGACCGAGGCGGUGGAGUGACGAUAAACAACGGUCCAGCAACGCGUAACAGGGUGAAACCUCGACUACAAAUGAAGCCAUCGUCUAACUUAUCGAGCAUAUCGCGAAAAAAUGCCGGAAUUACUGAUCUGAACAGGAGAAUAACUGAUUUGAAAAUGGAAGGGGGAGUUACACCUGCACAAAGUAAAAUGCAAAUGACUGACAUACAACAGAGAUUACAACCGCUCGGAGGCGGAGGAACGCAAGUACAAUUAAGGAGAGACAGUAAUUCGACCGUGAGUUCGUGUUAUGGCAGUAUGAGAAGUGCCGAUAUGAGCAGGAAGAGCAGUCUUGCGUCACAAACAUCAAACAUGAGACCCGGCGUUGGCCCAAGUUCCGUUUACGAUCCAAUAUCAGCCGGAAGUUCGAGAAGAUCGAGUCAAUUAUCGACCGCGACAACUGGCGGUGUUUCGUUGCCACCACCCCCAUCAUCUCAUCUUCUCGCCGGACAAUUACAAAAAUUACAAACGCAAGGAUCACCUUCCGGUAAUAAUAACUUGGUUCUUCAGCCUCAAAAUGUUUCUCUCCAACAGAACGCAUUUCAACAAGCGUGGUUGUUUAACAAAUUACCCACAGAAGUUUCGCUUCCGAGUUCGUCGUCGGGGGUAGAUAAUAGACGUUUAUCCGAGCCCUGCCAUACCCUUACAGAUCGUAAAAGUCCGCCUCCUCGACCUGCAUCCGUUACAUUAUCUCCCCUUAAAGGUGCUGGUGCAUCGUCUGAAUUGCACCCCAAUCAAGCAGUCGUCCUGGACGAAGUGGGUGAAGGGGAAAUGGUUGAAAACAAACUGGUCAUCCCAGAUGAAAUGGUUCAUUAUUUGAAUCAAGUUGCCGACAACACUGACGGCAACGUUGCUUGCUGGACCAAUUCUCCUUCCAAAAAUUGUACGUUAAACAAUAACACUCAACAGAAACCUGUUAGUAGUUCUGCAGAAGUGCUGAAUCAGACUUCCAGUUUAAAUGUGGCUGUUCCCGGAAGUCCACAGUACAGUCAACUCGCUUCUCCUUAUCAACAGCAAACCAAUCAGGUUGUGUCAACGCUUUCGCCCAUGGUACAGUUAAAUCAACAGAUGCAGCUUAAAACAAACCAACAGGAUGGACACGUGAAUUUAAAUCAAGUUAUAAUGUCGCCUCCUUCCCAAAACUUCAGUCAGAUGGCCGUACCAUCUCAUAUGCAAAAUUCAGUAAUGUCCCCAGGUUCAAACGUUUCGCAAAUGGCCGCCUCUCCCCAAUCUACAGGCACCAUGAUCCAAAUGGUUCACUCACCAGCAUCCAAUAUCAACCACAUGACUCAUUCUCCAGUUGCACAUAACGUCGGUCACAUGAUGCAUUCAUCUUCAUCAAACAAUAUGAAUAGUCAAAUGAUGGUACCAUCUCCCACCACCAAUCACCAAAUGAUUAAUUCUCCACCUCCGAACGUUAUGAAUCAUAUUUCGAACGGAAAUCAAAUACUGCCCUCUUUACCGAGUAGGUGUAGUUCACAAGUAAGCCUAUCUGGUUUUCAAAAUCAGUCCGGCAUGAUGCAGAACGCCAUGGUACCUCAAAACUGUAAUGUUGUCAUGCAAAACCAAAACAGACAAGACUUGAUGGUGCAAAAUAUGAUGACAUCUACAAACAUGAUGCAAAAUCAAUGUUUUAACAACCAGUCCACAAAUCCACACAACAUUUGUCAUGCCCAACACAGAAACGCGUGGGACAGCAAUCUCAAAGUACAAAAUCUCAUGUGCCAGAAUCAAAAUAGUCCGAUGCAGCCGUAUCCUGGGAAUCAUAAUAUGUGCCAUUCCGGAAACGUAAACAUGAACUAUAGUAAUAGUAAUCAGUGUCCUCAGAUCCAAAGUAAUUACCUGUCUUCUAACGUUCCCAUGGGAUCAAAUAAUUUUUGCGGUAGUCAUAGUUACCAAAGUACAUGCACUCGAAACAAUUUCGCCGACGGUUGUAACAACAAUCAGUUGAAUAGUACCAACGGGUACAGUUGUAGGGGAAUGAAUUUUGGCUCUUCAGCACGACCUCACGGUUUAUCCUGCGUUCAAACUGUCAACGACCAACCCCUAAACGGUGCUAAUCCUCCGACACCUAACGACGUCCGAAUGACCAAAACUUGCAAUCAUUUCGACCAGAAUUGUUUCAAACCGCCUUACAACAAUAAUUGCAAUGGGAACGUUGUUGAUAUUGAAAAAAGUCAUGCAUGCUUAAACUGUAGUAACCAUUUCAGCUUGUACAACAGACGUCAAAAUAAUUGUGUUCAUCAGUGCACCGACAACGAAAUUCAGUGCAAGGACAUAAGUCAAUCACAAAUGUCGCCGGGAAUUCCCACCGGUGGUAAUAAUGCUAACAGUCAACCACAGUCAGUGCAGCAGGUGAAUAUGCAUCAGGAUGUCUAUCAACGAACUUUAGAGUACGUACAAAAUUGCCAGUCGUGGGUGAGUAACAGUGACAUGGUGAGCAGCACCACCACGCAGCCCCUUGCGAAAUGCGCUACCGACCCUCCGAGUUCCAACAUGGUUGUUAAUGAUAUGACCUCUUCAUUAAGUUCGUUACUUGAAGAAAAUCGUUAUCUUCAACUGAUACAAUGAAGGAGUAUUUUUAAGAAAAGCGAAUGUAUUUAUUUCUACUAAAACCGAUGAAACUCGUCGCAUUGGAAAAAGAAAUAUGACGUCCAGCCUCUAUUUAGACACUACGUAAGACGUAUUACGACUCUAUGGUUAUUACAUUUGGUCUAUGGAUUUUGUUGAUGACUCAUUUAGUUCAUUACAAAGGAAUCGCUGUGGUAGACGUUUUUUAGUUAAAUAUUUAAAUAAAAGUGUAUAUAUUCUAAAAAUUACAGUCAAGUGAGAGAAACAAAUGUGAUUGUAAGUACCAAGAAGGGGCUGUAUCAGAUCAUUAACACCAGAUAACGAAGACCAUCUUCCUUGGCGUACAUCAACAAACCAAAAGUCUUAGGGACUCUGAUGUUUACAUCUACAUUCCUCUAGCAAA